AUGUCAGCCGACGACAGGACGGGCGGUGACAGCCAGAGCGGCUACACGGCCCUCGGGGACGACCAGCUCCUCUUCAUCGGCGGCAAGUACGUAAGGAGCUCAGACGGGGGCACGUUCCCCGUCACGAACCCCAUGACAGGCGACAAGAUCUACGACUGCGCCUCGGCGACCACGGACGACUACACGCGGGCCAUCGAGGCCGCCCAGGCCGCGUUCCAGCCGUGGUCCAGGACGGGGCCGUCGGCGCGGCGGCUGGUCCUCCUCAAGGCCGCCGAAAUCCUCGAGGCGUACCUGGAAAAGGACGCGCCGGAGCUGCUGUCCAGCGAGGUCUCGGCGACCAGGGGCUGGGUCAGGCUCAACGUGCUGUCGACGGUGAAUGUGCUGAGGGAGGUCGCCGGCCUCGCGACGCACAUCAAGGGCGAGAUCGUGCCUGCUGACCGGCCUGGGACGACGAUACUGGUCGAGAGGGUGGCUGUCGGGGUCAACUUUGCCAUUGCGCCGUGGAAUGCACCGAUCAACCUGACGGCCAGAGCGAUAGCCUGCCCCCUGAUCUGCGGCAACACCAUCGUCCUCAAGCCCUCAGAGCACAGCCCAAAAUCACAACAUCUCGUCGUUCGCGCCCUGACCGAGGCCGGCCUGCCGCCCGGGUGCCUCAACUUCCUGCCGAGCAGCCCGUCCCAGACGCCCGCCGUGACUGAGCAUGCGGUGAAGCACCCGCUGGUGCAGCGCGUCAACUUCACGGGGUCCGACCGCGUGGGCCGCGUCAUCGCGGGCUGGGCGUCGCAGGUGCUGAAGCGGUGCGUGCUGGAGCUGGGCGGCAAGGCGCCCGUGGUCGUGCUCGGGGACGCGGACGUCGCCGACGCCGUCGAGGCGGUCGUCUUCGGGGCGCUGAGCAACUCGGGCCAGGUGUGCAUGUCCACGGAGCGCGUGAUCGUGCACCGGUCCAUCAUGGCCGAGUUCAGGGAGAAGCUGCUGGCGAGGGUCGCGGGGCUGAGGACGGGGAACCACCUCGAGGACCCGGAUGUCUCCAUCUCCGGGCUGUUCACCCCGGCGUCGGCGGCGGGGGUGCUGAGGCUGCUGGAGUCGGCUGUGGGGAAGGGGGCGAGGGUCGUCGCGGGGGACAUGGCCAUCUCCGGGCCGAACAAGACCAUCAUGUGCCCGCAUGUGCUCGAGGGCGUCACGCCGGAGAUGGACGUGUUCCACAAGGAGUCUUUCGGGCCCAUCCUGUGCCUCUUUGAGUUCGACACGGAUGAAGAGGCCAUCGCGUCGGCGAACAACAGCGACUUCUCGCUCUGUGCCAGCGUCUUCAGCAGGGACAUCAUGCGCGCGCUGGACGUCGCCAGGCGCGUGCGGGCUGGUAGCUGCCACGUCAAUGGGCCGACGGUCUACAUCGAGGCGACGCUGCCCAACGGGGGCGUUGGUGGGAGCAGUGGCUAUGGGCGGUUUGGUGGUAUCGCUGGCGUGGAGGAGUUCACUGAGCGGAAGAUCAUCAGCUUGGCUGCUCCUGGGCAGAAGUACAACUUCUGA